CAUACAUUCGUGUACAUUUCCAGACUACAAUAAUUAUCUUGUUCAUAUCUCGUUCUAUAUCAUCUCGCCCGUUGAACAAAAUGAACUUCUUCGUCUCUCUCGCCCUUUUCGCCGGCGCUGCUCUGGCUCAGAACGCAGGAAUUGGUCUUCCUACCGCUGGCCAAAAGCUCACCAAGGGUAGCGACAUCGUUGUCCAAGUGCAACGCCCGAACUCCCUCACUGGCUCAACAGAAAUGGCGGUUGCCAUCGGUAUCUCUUCAUGCGCAACUCGGCCUUGCGUGCCUUCCGAUGAAUUCAUGGGCACUAUCCUAUACAAUGGAGGAUUCAAGCCCGAAUAUCAUGAAACCUCUUUACCUCCUUACCAGAACUUUACUGUCACCGUUCCCUCCAGCUUUACCGCUGGUAAUGCUCAGAUUAAUGUUGCCCAUGCUACACUGAUUGGGGCUUCACAAUAUCCUUUCUUGGAGACUCUGAACCGGACUGUGGUUGUUGUCUAACAAUUGACCACAAUUCCUUACUCAUGAAAUAUCUUAUUGUAUAGAUUGGAGAUGUCACCCAUGGUGCAUUUUUAAUCUGCAGUCAUGUUGCAUUCUUGUCACUUACUCGAUGACCGACUUAUUUGCCUUUACCUUCAUUUUUUUGCAUUCUGGACAGUUUAUGUGGUGAUUUAUACUAUGGCUACUCUUGUUCAUCUUCGAUUGAGUAUAGGAUUAUCGAAAUAUACAAUUUCAUUGGUCUUACUAUAGUUGUCGUUGAGAGAAAAUUGUUGUUAAAUGUUCG